GCCGAAUCUACGAGAUUCGCAUAUCGAAUGCUAGAGGUGGCGGAAGCAGUCGAGUCAACAGGCCCGACACUCUUCAGCCAACCUCGAACCACCACCACCAUGUCCACGCUGCACCAGCGCCGGCCGGCGCCCGAGGCCCCGCCCGCCGAAGCCGCCGCCGUGAGCAAGCCCAGCCCCGUCGAGGCCGCCAUCAACUGGGCGUACCUCAACCUCGGCGGCGAAGAAUGGGACUGCCAGCCCGCGUGCAUCAUCACCGACUACAUCCUCGCGACGCAGUGCUUUGUCUUCAUCGCGUACCUCACGUUCAUGACGAGCUACCUCAACGAGCAGUCGCACUGGUAUGUGCUCUACUUUUUCGCGAUGGGCACGACCGCGCUCGUCGGCGGCUUCCUCCACCACGUGGCCUUCAAGGCCAAAAAGGUGUUUGACGCCGAAGCGGGUGCGAAGCGCGUCUUUGGCGUCUACGUCACGCGCCCGACCGUCGAUACGAUCAUCGACUGGAGCUGGCGCCUCGUGCUCGGCUUUACGACGCUGACCAACUUCUGCCUCGUGGCGUUUGCCGCGUCGCGCUACCUCUCGGACGGCUCGUCCGAGCUCACGAUCUGGAUCGCGGGCACGGGCUACUCGAUCGUUGCGAUCUUCGCCUUCAUCUACAUGAACACGUCCUUUAUGCUCCUCGGGUUUCUCCCGGCCAUGGUCUUUGGCAGCGUCAUGUCGGUCAUGGCGUACGAGCGCGGCGUCGUCCACGAGCUCCUCGUGCUCACGCUCAAGCUCGCCUCGGGCUUGAUCCAGGGCCUCGCCGUCUCGCCGUCGUCCAAGCACUUCAACCACAACGCGCUCUCGCAUGUCGUCCUCUCGGCCGCGGCCGCGACCAUGCUCAUGCACUUUCACUUUGUCGUCUAAGCGUCCGGAACUACCUCCUGUCAAUUUAUCCCCA